AUGGAUAUUUAUCAUUCAUUUGAGUCAUUGGGAUUAGACGAUGGAAGCAUCACUGCACCCGAUGCGAUCUCCUUAAUUUCAAUGCCCAAUCUAGUAGAUUUACUUGUAGAGAUAAAUUUACAUUGUAAAUUUUGCAAAUAUAUUACUCGAUUUAACUCUCAUUCUUAUUUGUAUUUUCUUAUUGAUAUAGAAGAAAACUACAGUCAACAUCAAUGGACACCAAACAAUAUCGGUGAAGCUCCCACGGAAGAAACUGAUGCAUUGCGCCAAUAUCCUCGCAAAUCAACACUUCAACAACAAGUAAUUAUGCAGCCAACAGACGAAGUUGGACAGAUCGGCGUUAGUCUUACCAGUAAUCCAAUAUCAUAUGGAUCGACAGUGGUUGAAGAAUAUCCUACCAAUGGGAAGAAAUCUACAAAAUUAGUUAAGUCAGUGGUAGGGAUUUUUACAGUAAUCAUCAAUAAUCGGACAACAUUUUUAUUCGUGUUCAAUUGA